UGCCACCUUUAGCCUGGGUGGAACAGAGUAUGAGGACUUGCCUGCCGUCAGUCUUUUGUGUCACAGGGAGAAUAAAUGCAGGGUUUCUGAGAGCGACCAUCAGCUCCAAAUGCUGCAAGACUGAUCUCUGCAAUGACAAAGCAGUGCCAGAUCAUCCAGUCGUAGAAAUGAAAGUGGUUCUGGUGCUCGUCAGUGUGUUCUUCACUAAAGGACUAGCACUGCAAUGUUAUGACUGCACAGAGGAGUCUGCUCAGACUUGUCCUAGAAAGGAAUGUCCUUAUCAGUGUAACAGCAUCGCUGCCACCUUUAGCCUGGGUGGCGUACAGGAGAAACAAAAUAUGAGGACUUGCCUGCCGUCUGUCGUUUGUGUCACAGGUGGAAUAAACACAGGGUUUCUGAGAGGGACCAUCAACUCCAAAUGCUGCAAGACUGAUCUCUGCAAUGACAAAGCACUGCCAGUUUUACCGAACCAGGCUCCCAAUGGAAAGAAGUGUUGUACCAAUACCAACUGCUCAGAAACUGUGAAGUGUGUGGGAGAUGAGGAUCGCUGCUUUAAUGGAUCAGUUCCUUUAGGUGUUCCAUUUGUUAAUAAGACAUCUUUACAAGGAUGUGCAAGCAAGAGCAUCUGUGAUGGGUUCGUGUCCAUCACCCAACAAUUCAACAUCACUGCGGAUAUUAAGUGCUGUGAGGGGAACCUGUGUAACACUGCUAUCAGUAUUAAUCUGGGUCUCCUCAUCAUGCUGGGGUCUCUGCUGACCUCCAUCCUCUUCCUCUGA